AUGGUCGUCUCCAAGCCAGUCUGCAAUCUUCUGAAAGCCACUUCAGCCGUGGAAGCCGUCCGAACGUCGUACAUCACAAAAGGAAAGCCUCAGAGGAAAUGGCUCACGAUACAUGACGUGGACGUUGUCAUCAACCCCAAUGACGAGUAUUUGGAUGAGUUCAUGAAAGGGGCGAGUGUUCGGGAAGCUUCUUUUUUGAUGAGAAUUCCGAGUUUUUUGUAGUACGGAAAGCAGAGAUUGAACUUCAAACGCAACGACAUCGACACGUGGCGAGAAUGCUUCAAAGAUCGUUACACGACGGCGUUCGUCUGUUUGAAGGGCUCGAAAAGAGCCAUUCACACUUCUCACUUCAUCAACUACGAGGCAGUCGCUCCGCACGUCGACACCACCCAUCAGUAUCAGGGAUUCUUCUGGAUCGACGAGGAGUUCCGCGGGGUGGACAGCAUGAAGAUCACCGACUAUAUCGUGAAGAACAUGUUGAAGAACGUGACGGACAACGCGGUGGCGCAGUGCAUGCCGCAGACGAUGAAUAUGUGGGGCAAGAUCUACGGACACGCGGACAUUGGACACACCAUGUACGUGUCCUACUAUCAGCCGGAUGAGAUGCGAGUGCCGGAGGAGCUGAAAUUUGACGGGAUAUUCGUGAAAAGUGCGCAUGAGGUGCCGGACGAGGACAUUGUCAAGUACGAUCAGACGGUUUUCCCGUACGACAGAGUCAAGUACAUGCUGAAACACCUCAGAGAUCCAGACGGAUUCGGAAAAGUAAGCAGACAAUAUCUCUUUUUUUUGAAUACAAUAAAAUGUCUAGGUUGCAUACGAUGAAAUGGAAAAGUGGUGGGACUGGGCACCGUGGUGAUCUACCCGUCGGGCGAGUGUGUGCUCACUCCGUUGUACGCCGAUGACAAGACGGUUGCUCAGGCGAUCUUCAAGAGCAUCCUGCAGGAGAUCCCACUGGACGACAAGAAGCUUCUCAGAUUCCAGAUCAGAUCCAUCGAUCGUUGUGAGGGUGGUUACGAGUGGAUCCAGCCGUUUGUGAAGAAUCCGAUCCGCAAGCAGAUUAUGGGAUACUUGUGCUACGUGACCCAUCUUCCGAAGGUCAACUACAAAAAAGUGUUCGCUAAUGUGCCGUAUACAACUAGUGCCGCUUGA